CAUUUGUUUUCUCACGAGAAAAUGAUUUUGGCUAUGAUUUAAUCGUGUAAGCGUGCGGUAAAUAUUGAAAAUGACAGAUGUAGUCGGUUAGUCAAAUCAUGAUUGACCGUUAUUUAUGAUAUUUUGAUUUUAUUGUGCAACAGCAGCUGUUUACUGCACACCUGACAGGCCAUACACUGUGAUGAUGGAUUCUCCUCCUGCAAAAGACCGUAAAAGUCCUGGGCUCAGCCCGCAACAUGAGCCUCCGUUGCCCUCAAUCUCUGAGCGCCUGGCGUACCUGCGGCCGUCCCGUGAGCUGCUGGAGUUCUACAGGCAGAAAGUGGCGCAGUUUGAUGGAGAACAUGAUGACCUGCUGCAGAUGCUGGAGAAGUACAGGAGCACCGCAGAGGAGCAGCAUAAGUUGCAGUGGGAGGUGCGUCAGCGCGAGGAGGAGAUCGCAGAGCUCCAGAACGCUCUCAGUGACAUGCAGGUGUAUCUGUUCCAGGAGCGAGAGCAGGCGCUGCGACUCUACGCCGAGAACGACCGCCUCAAAAUCAGAGAGCUGGAGGACCGGAAGAAGAUCCAGCAUCUUCUAGCGCUGGUGGGGCCGGAUCCGGGCGAGAUCACGUAUUUCCUUCGCGAGCCUCCACACAAGGUCACAGUCCCUCAAAAGAAGGUGCAGCUGAGAUCACAUGAGGAAUCAAAGGUGAUGAAACCGAGGCCUGUAUCUGUGAAAGGAAGCAGGAAAUCGUCCAAGGAAGAAGAUGCUAGUUCAGAGCAGUACAAGAGAGACAACCAGACAUUACUCCUCCAGGUGGAGGCGCUGCAGGCUCAGCUGGAGGAGCAGACGCGGCUGGCUAAAGAGCAGGUGGAGGCGCUGCUGGAGGAUCGACGCAUUCAUCAGGAGGAGAGACAGGUACAGCACCAGCGUGACCAGGACAGAAUCACAGCUCUAACCGACAAACUGCAGCGCACGCAGAACCUGCUGUACGAGAGCACCAGGGACUUCCUGCAGCUGAAGUUUGAGAGUCGAACUCACGAGAAGAGCUGGAUGCUGGAGAAGGACCGUCUGUUGCGAGAGCUGGACUCUUGUCAGGAGCGGCUGCGAGAGGAGCGCACUUUCCCAGAACAACCUCUACCUCUGUCUGAAGAUGCUCUGUUAAUUACACAGCCCAAACACGAGACCAGCCAGACACACCGGGAGGAGAUCAGGGCUUUGAGGGAGGAACUGAAACAGGCUCAUAAACUGGCUGACAUGUACCGAGAGCAGUGUGUGAAUCUGGAGACAGAUCUGUCCCAAAUCAGAGAGGAGGGCGAUGUGGGCCGAGAGAUCUUCAAAGAGCGCUCUGAUAAGAUGGCCAAACGUCUGCAGCUGAUGACUCAACGUUAUGAAGCUCUGGAGAAAAGACGGGCCAUGGAGGUGGAGGGAUUCAAGACUGAUAUCAAACACCUGCGGCAGAAAGUCAAAGACGUGGAGAAAUAUCUCUUUAAAUUGACACUCAACGUGGGCCCUGAUCAAGACCUGGCGAUUCUCCAUGAAGUUCGACAGACCAACAGCCGCACGGUAAAGGUCCAGAAUGAGCUGAAGAACCUGAGGGCCAAAAUCUACAAACUGGAGAACAACCUGAGAUUCUGUUGAAGACUCAUAAGAUGAACUCUUAACAGCUCAGGCCUCACAUUAUGUGCUUUACAGUCAAAUAUUCAUCCAUUUCUUUGGGUUUGAUGAUUUGGAGUAUCAAGAGUGUCUGAGACACAUCACUGACUGAAUGAUUCAGAAGCAAGCUGGAUGUGUUUAUUUGUGAUGUUGAAUUUUGUAUAUUAAAUAAAGGUUGAUUUUUAUAUUCAUUA